AUGUAUAAUAAGAUUUUUUUCUUAACUAAUACUAGAGCAGAUCAAUUUAACUUAGCUAUGUAUAUAUUCAAAAAUGAUAUUAAGAUGUAUAAUCAAAUUCCCGAUAACACACCUGCUGUUUUUGAGAUACCUAAAAAUCCUAUUGAUUACACAUUAUUGCCUUUUUUUAAAAAUUGAAUAGUCGGAUUUACAUGUUCUGAGGGUUCAUUUAUUAUUAAAAGUAAUAAUGAUGGUUGUUUUCAAUUAAAACAGAGAAUACAUACUAAUUUAUUUGAAGCCUUUAAACUAAUGUUUAAUACUAAUAGAAAAAUAGAUACAACAAAUAAUUUUAAUCAAUUUGGUGUUAGUUCUAAAUCUGAUAUACAAAAAGUUAUAAAUUUCUUUUCAUUUUCAGGUUUACAUCCUUUAGUAGGGUUGAAAUAUAUUCAAUAUAUAAAAUGGUUAAAUAAUUUACGAGAAAGUUUGCGUUAUAGUACCUUAAAUUAUCCUGAUGCAAAAUAA